AGUGCCCAGUAUGCUCUAUGAUUACUGGAAUUUCAGAGAAGAAUUGACAAUAGAAGAUGGCCUUGUCCUCAAGGGAGAGAGGAUUGUUAUAAAACCUACCCUGAGACCAGAGAUCUUGGAUACCCUACACAAGGGACACCUGGGCCAGGAGAAGUGCCUCUUGAGAGCCCGCACCACUGUGUUUUGGCCAGGAAUCACCAAGGAUGUUGUAAACCUUGUGAAGACCUGCGAGUCAUGUCAAAAGCACCAACGACACAACCAGAAGCAACCAAUAUUACAGCUAGAGCCACCGAGUUACCCCUGGCAAAAGGUGAGCUCUGACCUAUUCGACUACAAAGGGAAAACAUACUUGCUUGUAGCAGACCAGUACAGUAAGUUCCCGAUAUUCAGAAAGUUAGGAAGUGCCGUGGGGAGCACCACCUCACUUGUUGUUAUCAACCACUUGAAGAGCAUAUUCUCAGAGCAUGGUAUCCCAGCACAACUGCUCUCAGAUGGAGGACCACAGUAUAGCUCAAAGGAGUUUGAGGACUUUGUAACCACCUAUGGUAUUGAGCACACUCUAAGCUCACCGCAUUACGCACAAUCAAAUGACUUCGGUGAACGAAUGGUACAGACGGUAAAACAAAUCCUGACGAAAUGCGAAGAGAAAAAUGAAGACCCUUACCUUGGUCUACUGCCCUACCGGACAACACCAGUUGACCAUAACCUGAAGUCGCCAGCUGAGCUUCUGACAAACCGGAAGUUCAGAACAACACUUCCAAUGGCACAGAGGGCACACCAGAGAUGGGAGCGAUGUUAAGGAAACCCUCUACAGACGCCAGACAACCCAGGAACAGAAUUACAACCGCACUGCAGGACCAAGUCUGACACCAUUUGAACCUGGACAGCCUGUACGUAUGUUCGACCACCACUCAAAGACAUGGCAAAAGGCUACAGUAUUCAAGCCUGCUAAGGAGCCGCGCUCGUACAUAGUGCGUAACCAGGAAACUGAAGGAGUGUAUCGCCGCACAAGGUCUCAGCUAAGACCUCAUCACCACUUCGCGCCAGAUGAAAGUCUUACUGCCCCGACUCCUGAUGUUCCUACACCGCUCGACAUCCCAGAUGCCCCAACCCAUGCGAUUGGUCCAACAGCUACUGGAUACACCACAAGAUCUGGGAGACCAGUUAGAGCCCCAGACAGAUUGGACAUUUAAAUGAACACUGAUCACACGUUAUAUGUUAAUAGAGAUUUAUUAUCGUUGAUGUUGUUAAACUCUUUGAACAUUAUAAAGAGGGGGAUGUAACACAACCAGUGACUGACAUGUAUUGCGUGACUUUCGCGCCAUAGUUAUUCAUUAUGUUAAUUUAUGCAUGUAGUUUGUACAUGUGUGUACAAACUUGUACGAUUCGCACGAGUAUCAUAAUAAACCCUCUAGUUCACGAAACUC